AUGGAAUUUUCCAAUUAUACUACAGUGACUGAGUUUGUUAUCGCAGGAUUCUCCAGCCUGCAAAAGACCAGAAUUCCAUUAUUUGUACUCAUUCUAAUCAUGUACAUAUUAACAAUAAUAGGAAAUACAGUCAUAGUCUUCAUCACUAGUUAUGAGCCUUCUCUCAGCACCCCAAUGUACUUCUUCUUGAGAAACUUUUCCUUUCUAGAGAUCUGUUUUACUACAGUUACAGUCCCAACCAUAUUGGCUGACCUCAUUAGAGAAAAGAAUGUUAUAUCUUUCAAUUGUUGUCUUACUCAGAUAUAUUUUUUCCAUGCUUUUGGUGGCAUUGAGUGCCUCCUUCUGGCUGCAAUGGCUUAUGAUAGAUAUGUGGCUAUAUGUUUUCCUCUGAGAUAUAAUAGAAUUAUAAAUAAUAUUGUCUGUACUCAACUCUGCAUUUGGUCUUGGAUUACUGGUUUGGUCCUACCAUUAGUACCAGUUUUUCUAAUAUCACAGCUCAGCUAUUGUGGAAGCAAUAUUGUAGAUCAUUUUUUCUGUGACAUAUUGCCAUUGCUCAGGCUAGUUUGUAAUCAGACCCAACUCAAUGAAAUGUUGAGUUUUUUCAUCUGUUCUUUCAUUCUUGUUGGAUCAUUCACAUUAACUGCAAUUUCUUAUGCUGCCAUCUUGAUUGCUGUUCUGAAUAUUCAUUCUUCAGAUGGACGUAAAAAGGCCUUUUCCACCUUUGCCUCCCAUUUAACAGUUGGUAUCUUUUAUGGAACCAUGAUGUUCAUCUAUGUCAGGCCCACCCGAAAUUUCUCCUUCAACAUGGACCAGUUGGUAGCUAUGUUCUACUGUAUUAUCACUCCACUUUUGAAUCCCAUGAUAUAUAGCCUUAGGAAUAAGGAAGUUAAACAAGCCCUUAAAAGAAAUGUAUGCAAAAGAUUGGAAGACUUAUAG